AUGGAGGAAUUUCAAGGAUAUUUAGAACUAGAUAGAUUUAGGCAACAUGACUUCCUAUACCCACUUAUCUUUCGGGAAUAUAUUUAUGCACUUGCUCAUGAUCAUGGUUUAAAUAGAGUGAUUUUGUUGGAAAAUGUAGCUUAUGAUAAUAAAUCUAGUUUACUUAUUGUAAAACGUUUAAUUACGCGAAUGUAUCAACAGAAUCAUUUGAUGAUUUCCGCUAAUGAUUCUAACCAAAAUAAAUUUUUGGGAUACAACAAGAAUUUGUAUUCUCAAAUGAUAUCAGAAGGGUUUGCAAUCGUUGCGGAAAUCCCAUAUUCUCUACGAUUAAUAUCUUCUUUGGAAGGGGCACAAAUCAUAAGAUCUUACAAUUUACGAUCCAUUCAUUCAAUAUUUCCUUUUUUAGAGGACAAAUUCCCACAUUUAAAUUAUGUGGCAGAUGUACUAAUACCCUACCCCAUCCAUCUAGAAAUCUUGGUUCAAACCCUUCGCUACCGGGUGAAAGAUGCCUCCUCUUUACAUUUAUUGCGGUUCUUUCUUCAUGAGUAUUCUAAUGGUAAUAUUCUUUUUAUUCUAAAUAAAUCUAUUUCUUUUUUUUCAAAAAGUAAUUCAAGAUUAUUAUUAUUCCUAUAUAAUUCUUAUAUAUGUGAAUACGAAUCCCUUUUCCUUUUUCUCCGUAACCAAUCUUCUCAUUUACGAUUAACAUCUUCUGGAGUCCUUUUUGAGCGAAUCUAUUUACAUAGAAAAAUGGAGGAUCUUGCCGAAGUUUUUGUUAAUGAUUUUCGGGGCAUCCUAUGCUUCCUCAAGGAUCCUUUCAUUCAUUAUGUUAGAUAUCAAGGAAAAUCAAUUCUGUCUUCAAAAGAUACGCCUCUUCUGAUGAAUAAAUGGAAAUAUUGCCUUGUCAGUUUAUGGCAAUGUCAUUUUUAUGUAUGGUCUCACCCAGGAAGGAUCUAUAUAAACCAAUUAUCCAAGCAUUCCCUCGACUUUUUGGGUUAUUUUUCAAGUGUGCCACUAAAUCCUUCAAUGGUGCCGAGUCAAAUGCUAGAAAAUUCAUUUGUAAUAAAUAAUGCUCCUAAGAAACUCGAUACAAUAGUUCCAAUUAUUCCUCUGAUUGAAUCAUUGGCUAAAGCGAAAUUUUGUAACGCAUUAGGGCAUCCCAUUAGUAAGCCGACUUGGGCCGAUUUAUCGGAUUUUGAUAUUAUAAAUCGAUUUGUGCGUAUAUGCACAAAUCUUUCUCAUUAUUACAGCGGAUCCUCAAAAAAAAGGGUAUGUAUCGAAUAA